AUGUUCCAUGCAGCUCCCAAGACUUCCAAUGUGAAGGGUCACUUAUUCCUCAAGGCCUAUAACGGGGAACAUAAAUGUUGUGCUGGUUAUAGUGAUGGAACAAAGGAUGAUCUGGUUACGCGCAAACUUAUCAAGAGUUUGAUAUUUGAGAAGAUUGAACAGAAUCCCGACAAGAAAGCCAGGGAUAUUGUUAGAGAACUCAAAAGUGAUUAUGGGUUGGAAAAACACGAUCCAGGUAGUAGGGCUGAUUUAGUUGUUGAAGGUGGCGAGUUUAAGAGAAUAUUUCCUCUGGCAUAUGGUAUCGUAUCAGCUGAAACUGUUGAGAAUUGGCAUUGGUUCUUGAAGAAACUAGAAUCUAUCUUGGGUCCUCGUCAUUUGAAGAAUAAUGUCCGCAGUAAGACCAACAAGAAAAAGGGAGAGCAUUGUGCUGCAAUGGGUUUGUUCAAAGAAUGUUUCUAUUCAUCGACUCAUGAAGGCUUUGAUCAGGGUAUGCAAAAGUUGAAGGAUAUGAGAUGUGAUGGUCUUCACAAUUUCUUGAGUGAGAUUCAGUGGAAUGUUGGUCCAAUGCACAUUGUAUGGGCUGUCGUUACGGCGACAUGUGUUCAAACAUUGCAGAGUCCUUUAACUCUUGGAUCAAGGAAGCAAAAGAUGAGUACAAGGAAGAGGAAGGGGGCGACGUAUAAAGGAUUCAUUUGUCCCAGGCUAGAGAAAAAAGUGUUGGCUUCCAUUCGUGCUGGUGUCCAGUGGAGAAUAACCAAGUCUGGUGACAUGGAGUGGGAAGUUUUUGAUGGAAAGCACACGCAUGCUGUUAAUAUUGCGAAGUUUCAGUGCAACUGUAGGGUUUGGUUUACUGAGCAGUUCCCUUGUGAUCACGCUAUUGCAUGUAUGCAUUCAAAUAACAUCAAUGUUUACGAGUACAUUAAUCCGUAUUUUAGCAUUGCUAGCUUCCGUGCUUCGUAUGAUCGUCCUAUCAAGCCCAUUCCUGAUUACGACAAGCCUAUUGAUGUUGCUACUGGAGAUCUCGUGAACCCACCAACUGUCGUAGGAAAAAAACAUGGUAGCCCGAAGAAGAAGCGGAUUCCUAACACAAGUAGUGCGAGUUUCAAGAGACCAAUUACGUGCGGUAACUGCCAUACUCAUGCACAUCAUAACAAGACGACGUGUCCUCAUCCUCCUGCGAAAAAGCAACGUUAA